AUAAUAUUGUUAGUUCAUUGCAUCAGACUGGAAGUAGUACCGGUGUGUUCGUGCAUGUGUUAUAUGAGUUUCAUUGUAAAUUUGGUGUCGAUUAUCGAGUUAAUAUUUAAGUAAUUGUGCGUCUGAGAAGGAAAAUGAAGCUGUAUUGGAGCGAAGGAACCCCACAAAGCUUUAAAGUGCUUGCGGCUAUCGCCGGGCUGUCAGCUCCAACUGUUGAACUGCAGUGUGUUGGUCAAGAAGAAUGUGUUGUACCUUUCUUGUCACACCCGCAAGUUCCAGCGUUGCAACUAGACUGCGGUAAUUACCUCUUCUCUGCAAAUGUCAUUUGCCAGUACCUUUUUGCAUUAAAUGGAAUGGAGCAAACAAACUUGACCAAUCAGUGGUUGGAAUGGGAAGCAAUAGAACUGCAGGCUUCAGAGUCCACUUCAGAUGUUGUCCUGUGGGGAACAUUGUAUCCGCUUCUGUCACAAGCUUCCUUGCUACCUGAAAAGUUGAAAAGACUGACUGAGUGGUUUCAUAAUCUGUCAUCAUCGGAGGUGCGCAUGAAAGCAGUGGAGUCUGUCCUGAAGGGAAAGGGAGUCCAGGCAUUUAAGACAUAUUUACAGAAGCAGCCUAUCCCAGCUAUUCUGCGUCUGAAACCAACAUGCAAUGACCCUGAGGACAGAGAACCUGUGGAGCAUGCCUUGUCUGAGGAGGAAGUUGCAGCUGCUACGAGCACUUGGCUGAAAGGACUUGAAGCAUGUCCAAAGCCACAACAGCGUCUUCACCCAAUCUUGCCUCAGAAGAAUAAGAGAAACAUCUUGAUCACCAGUGCCUUGCCAUAUGUCAACAAUGUUCCUCACCUUGGAAAUAUAAUUGGCAGUGUACUCAGCGCUGACGUCUUUGCCAGGUACUGCCGUUUGAGGAACUGGAACACUUUGUACAUCUGUGGGACAGACGAGUAUGGCACAGCCACGGAAAAUAAAGCCAUUGAAGAGGGACUCACUCCAAGGCAGAUUUGUGAUAAGUACAGCGCUGUCCAUGCCAAUAUCUACAAAUGGUUUAACAUCUCUUUUGAUUAUUUCGGAAGGACAACUACUACUCAUCAGACUAUGAUUGCACAGGAUAUCUUUCAACGUUUACUAGAGAGAGACUUCUUGCUGACUGACACAAUGGAGCAGCUGAAGUGCGAUAAAUGUGAUAGGUUUCUAGCAGACCGAUUUGUUGAAGGGAUCUGCCCAUUUUGCAACUAUGAGGAAGCCCGGGGCGACCAGUGUGACAAGUGUGGGAAACUGAUUAAUGCCAUUGAGCUUAAGAACCCCCACUGCAAAGUGUGCAAAGAAACUCCACGUGUGAAAACAUCAAAGCACCUUUUCUUGGAUUUGCCAAAACUUAAAGACUCUCUUCAGGAAUGGCUAAACAAGUCAUGGGGUUCUGGAGACUGGACAUCAAAUGCUCGGCUCAUCACCCAGUCCUGGAUUCGUGAUGGCCUGAAGCCACGCUGCAUCACCCGGGAUCUCAAGUGGGGGACACCGGUACCACUCGAAGAAUUUAAAGAUAAGGUAUUUUAUGUCUGGUUUGAUGCACCAAUAGGUUAUCUUUCCAUUACUGCCAAUUACACAGACCAGUGGGAGAAGUGGUGGAAGAAUCCCGAGCAGGUUCAGUUGUACAACUUCAUGGCAAAAGACAAUGUGCCAUUCCACAGCGUCAUCUUCCCAUGCUCUCUCAUCGGUGCAGAUGAUAACUAUACAAAGGUCAAUCAUCUCAUAGCAACAGAGUACCUAAACUAUGAAGAUGGGAAGUUCUCAAAAAGUCGAGGUGUGGGAGUGUUUGGUGAUAUGGCCAAGGAUACUGGAAUACCAGCCGAUAUCUGGAGGUUCUACCUGCUUUAUAUCCGACCUGAAGGGCAGGACAGUGCCUUCUGCUGGAAUGAUUUAUUGCUGAAAAACAACUCGGAACUCUUAAAUAAUUUGGGCAACUUUGUGAACAGGGCUGCCAUGUUUGUCUGUAAAUUUUUUGAUGGCCAUGUUCCAGAGAUGGUACUCAGUUCAGAUGACAAGAAAGUACUUGCUCAUGUGACAGUGGAACUCCAACAGUACAACAGACUCCUCGAGAAAGUCAAGAUUCGUGAUGCUCUCAGGUGUAUCCUGAACAUCUCUCGCCUUGGAAAUCAGUACAUCCAAGUCAGUGAGCCAUGGAAACGGAUCAAGGGAAAUGAUGCAAAUCGGAUCUGUGCAGGCACAGUAACUGGUGUUGCAGUAAAUAUUGCCUGCCUUUUGUCGGUCAUGUUGCAGCCAUACAUGCCUACUGUGAGUGCCACCAUUCAAGCUCAACUCCAAGCUCCUUCAGAAUGCAACAUUUUGACAGAUGAUUUUGUCUGUGUACUCCCUGCUGGACACAAAAUUGGAUUGGUAAACCCCCUAUUCCAGAAGCUGGAAAAUGAUCAGAUAGAAAGCCUUCGGAAACGUUUUGGUGGAGCACAGCCUGAAGAAAAUUCUUUACAGGUUCAGCCUAAAGACCAACCAGUGCCAACAACUAAGAAGGAACCUACAGUUGAUGCUGGAGAUACUGGAAAAUCAGUGGAUAUACACAAGGUCAAGGAGCUUACUGAAGACGUGGCUAAACAGGGUGACUUAGUCCGUAAAUUGAAGAACCAGAAGGCAGAGAAGGCCCAAAUUGAAGUUGAGGUUAAAAAACUCUUGGAUCUGAAGAAGCAGCUGGCACAUGCUGAAGGGAAACCCUUUUAACCUCCACCUCAGAAGGGGAAAAAACAAUAAGCAAGCUACUUUGUGAAUUUCCUUUCAAAAAGCACAAAAUAGAACUGCUUACACUGGACACUUGACAAGGAGAGUGUGCACGCUACUAUUCAGGAAAAAAAUGAAAUAUAUUAUAUAUAUGUAUGUAUGUGUGUGUGUGUGUGUGUGUGUGUGUGUGAAU